CAUCGCUCUGUGUAUUGUGGAAUCGGUGGAAUGCAUAUGUCGCACAGUACUUUGUUGUUCUGAAUCAUGUGUCAAAAAGAUCCGUAAAGACCAAGUUAUUAUGAGCGACUUCGAGUCGAUACAUCGCCUGGAAGGCAUCGAAGAGGUGGUGGGUGGUCUCAUAAAAAAGAAGUCUGUUCACGAGUUCAAAGCACCCGAGAGGAAGUCGGUCCUCGGCCUCGACGUUCUUGCGGCCGCCAAGAGGAAGCAAAAGCUCGAAGAAGAAACCGGUAAAAAGCCCCGGAAAGAUAGCGAUCGCAGUGAUGAAUCAAGUCACGAAAUGUCAGAGGCGACAUUUAAUAGACAGUACCGGAAACCACGCAUAGAGACUCCGACACACACCGGUGGAGUGGAUGCCAAGUACGCUGACCGUAUUCGUGACCACCGCGAGCACCACAGCCGGGGCGUUUACGCCAGCUCAAAGGACUCCAGAAAGCGUCCGGAAUCUCCGUCGUCUCGCGAGCGCGAUCGUGACAGAGAUCGGCGUGACGACAGGCGCGACUCCGGACGAUCCUCGUCGCACCGUUCUCGCAGAGACUGGAGCGAAACGCCGCCUCGCUUCAAGGAUCCUCCUACGCCCAAUAUUCGGCCAAAGGACACUCCGUCUCGCUCAAACUGGGAGGAGGACGAAGAAACGCCGUCACGACGCUCCUCUUGGGACGUGCUGACGCCGUCGCCUCGCGACGGCUCCGAACGGCGGAGCACGGACAGGCGGUACCGACGUCCAACAGACACACCGCGGGCUACGCCGGCGCACAAGUACAAUGCCUGGGCCGCCGACAGGCGCAAGACGUACGCCACGCCAGGGAGCAAACACUCAAAAGACGAAAAGAUUCCGUGGGCUGAAGACGGCGAGCAGAAGGUAGAGUGGGAGGUCGAGCAACAGAGGCUAGACCGCGAGUGGUACAGUAUUGACGAGGGCUACGACGAGAUACACAACCCGUUCGCUAGCAUACCGCAGGAGUACACCAAGAAAAAGGAGGAAGCACUAGAGCAGAAGAAAAUCAAAAAGGUUUCAGCUCAGCAGAGGCAGAUCAACAAGGAUAAUGAGAAGUGGGAGACCAACCGAAUGCUCACCAGUGGCGUAGUGCUAAAAGUUGAUGUGGACAAUGACUUUGAGGAGGAAAAUGAGGCAAGGGUCCAUGUACUUGUGCACAACAUUGUGCCGCCAUUUCUGGAUGGACGCAUUGUAUUUACCAAGCAGCCCGAACCAGUGCUUCCAGUGAAAGAUGCAACAUCUGACAUGGCCAUUGUCUCUCGUAAAGGCAGUGCUGUUGUUCGUUUCCACAGGGAACAGAAAGAGCGCAAGAAAGCUCAGAAGAAAGAGUGGGAGCUGGCAGGUACGAAACUGGGCAACAUCUUGGGUGUUAAGAAAAAGGAUGACGAACGUGAUGACAAUGAAGAAGCUGAUUACAAAACUGAGCAGCGCUUUGCUGAUCACAUCAAGGAUGCUGACAGCCAAGGAACCAGUGAAUUUUCACGGAAGAAGACUAUAACACAACAGAGACAGUACUUGCCCGUGUUUGCAGCACGACAGGAGCUUUUGCGCAUCAUCAGGGAGAACAGCAUUGUGAUCAUCGUUGGGGAAACAGGCUCUGGAAAAACAACACAGCUGACCCAGUACCUUCACGAAGAUGGGUAUAGUAAGUAUGGCAUGAUCGGCUGCACACAACCCAGAAGAGUGGCAGCUAUGUCUGUAGCGAAGCGAGUGUCAGAUGAAAUGGGCUGCAAGCUAGGCGAAGAAGUGGGUUAUGCAAUCCGAUUUGAAGACUGCACUUGUGAGAAAACGAUAAUUAAGUACAUGACUGAUGGUAUUCUCUUGAGAGAAUCCUUAAGGGAGCCAGAUCUUGACCAGUACAGUGCUGUUAUCAUGGAUGAAGCCCACGAAAGGUCUCUUAGCACUGAAGUGCUUUUUGGUUUGCUUCGUGAAGUGGUGGCACGCAGGCAGGACUUGAAGCUCAUUGUUACCUCUGCAACCAUGGACGCCACAAAGUUUGCUUCCUUCUUUGGAAAUGUCCCAGCGUUCACCAUUCCCGGAAGAACCUUUCCUGUCGAACUGUUCUUUAGUAAGAAUCCUGUUGAAGACUAUGUUGAUGCUGCUGUCAAGCAGACACUACAAAUUCACUUGCAGCCCAAUGUUGGAGAUAUAUUGGUGUUCAUGCCUGGACAGGAAGACAUUGAGGUGACCUGUGAGCUUAUUGCUGAAAGACUUGGUGAAAUAGAUAACGCCCCACCAUUGGCCAUUUUGCCUAUUUAUUCCCAGCUUCCUAGUGAUCUUCAAGCCAAGAUUUUCCAGAAGGCUCCAGAUGGAAUUAGAAAGUGUGUAGUGGCAACAAACAUUGCUGAAACUUCACUGACAGUUGAUGGAAUCAGCUUUGUUGUUGACAGUGGCUACUGUAAAUUAAAGGUCUACAACCCUCGCAUUGGUAUGGAUGCAUUGCAAAUCUACCCUGUCAGCCAAGCAAAUGCAAACCAGCGUUCUGGACGAGCCGGUCGAACAGGACCAGGGACAUGCUUCAGGCUCUACACAGAUCACCAGUACAAGAAUGAGCUGCUUAAAACAACAGUACCAGAGAUUCAGAGGACAAAUCUUGCAAAUGUUGUAUUACUCUUAAAGUCUUUGGGUGUCCAAGACCUACUUCAGUUUCAUUUUAUGGAUCCGCCACCCCAAGACAACAUAUUGAACUCCAUGUAUCAGCUGUGGAUCCUGGGGGCACUGGAUAAUGUUGGAACUCUGACCCCACUAGGACGGCACAUGGUUGAAUUUCCUCUCGAUCCUCCGCUCUCUAAAAUGGUUAUUGUUUCCUGUGAUAUGGGCUGCAGUGAGGAGAUCCUCACGAUAGUUUCAAUGCUCUCGGUGCCCAGCAUUUUCUACCGUCCAAAGGGUCGGGAGGAAGACAGUGAUGCUGCACGAGAGAAGUUCCAGGUGCCUGAAAGUGACCACCUGACAUUCCUCAAUGUGUUCCUUCAGUGGAAGUUAAACCACUACUCAUCCUCCUGGUGUAAUGAGCACUUCAUCCACGUAAAGUCCAUGCGCAAAGUGCGUGAAGUGCGGCAGCAGCUUAAGGACAUUAUGGGUCAGCAGAAGAUGAAACUUGUCUCAUGCGGCACUGACUGGGACGUUGUCCGCAAGUGCAUAUGUUCUGCUUUCUUCCUCCAGGCGGCACGACUCAAGGGAAUCGGAGAGUAUAUAAACUGCCGCACGGGCAUGCCUUGCCACCUUCAUCCCACCAGCGCCCUCUUUGGAAUGGGCUACACUCCAGACUACGUUGUCUAUCACGAGCUCGUCAUGACCACAAAGGAGUACAUGCAGUGUGUCACUGCCGUUGAUGGUCAUUGGCUGGCUGAACUUGGACCCAUGUUCUACAGUGUGCGUGAAUCAGGCAGGUCGCGGCAUAGGAUGCAGAGAGACCACCAAUCACAAAUGGAACAGGAAAUGGCUCUGGCCGAGCAGCAGCUCCGGCGGCGCAAGGAUGAACAUGAUGAAAAGCAGGCAGCGGCUUCAAUGCGUGCAGCGCGAAUUGCCACACCAGGCUACCAGCCAGAAGGUGCCCCCGCUACACCCAGACGGACACCAGCCAGGUUUGGACUUUAGGGUGUGUACCUGUUGCAGGUGUGUACAUGUUGAUGUUACUAGCUGUUCUGCAGUUAACGCAGUUAUACAUUGUAUUGUUUAUCAUUUGCACAGCCUAUAUGUGCUCUAGCAUGUUGUGAAUCACAAGCACUACGUUUGAUCUCCACGAAGUCUGCACUUGCAGCUAGCACUUAUCCAUCAGUCGAAGCUACGAGGAAAAGCAUGACUGCCACACCUGGCUACCAGCCAGAAGCUCUCCAGCCACAACCAGACUUAUACUUACCUUUGAGCUGCAAGCCACCGAGCUGUAAUAGGACGAUCAUGACAGAUGUUUGUGGUGCCUCUUGAUGACUGGAGGACAUCUUGCAUUGAAAAGCACCAAAAGGGUGCAGAGUUUUGGCACUCAAAAGGUGGCACCUGGGAGCUUGGGAUAUGGUAUGCAAGCCUAUUGUCGAAGGUUGCAGUGGCAGUGAGACAGCAUUAUAUCUGUUGUCUUUUCAAGCCAUCAGGUGACACCAACACAUAACAGGCCCUAAAGUGCCCAGUGGUUUGUGGCAUUGACCUUGUGGAUGGUUUGCACUUCCAAAUGCUUAUUGCUGCAGUGCCAUAAGUUCUCUUAAGUAUCAUUAUUUGGUAUCAGUACGUGACCAUUCUUCUUCAUAGCAUGCAUCGCUUUUGGCUUCCAUGGGACCUGUGCCUUCCAUUGAUGCAUUGGUGCAGUAUAUCUGUCAUUGUCUGGUACUUAUACAUUUCCAUCUGUGUUUCAAGUCGCUGAACUAACUGCUAACUUCAUAAGUGCAACUUGUUAGUGCUAAAUGUAAGGCCAGGGCAUUCUUUUCCAUACCAGUGUCUCCAAACUUAGGCAUUUUAUGCAAGCUAAUGCAGUAAUGCACGGUGCCUAGUAUGAGCAGAGCACAUGGUAACAUAUUGUUAUAAGUUGUUGUGCGGCUAUGUAUGUUCAUAUUUUCUUUAUGAAGCAUGCAAAAAAUGUGUUGUCAUUGUGAGUUACUUGAUUUUGUGUAUUCACAAAUGUAAAGAUGUUUUUAAAUCAUUCAGUGCACUACAUGUGAGCAUACAAAAUUUACAUAAUUCUGAAUGCAAAUAUAUCAUGUGGAAAGCGAACAUUAAUCUGUACAUACAAUGUUUACAGCUGCAUUGUUUUUUGUUUUUUGUGAAAUUGAGUGUCGGCCGGUGUUUAUGUAUGUUCAUUGUGUACUUUUGUGCGUAGAUCACAGCAUAAUUAUGUGUCAUGCUGCAUAGAAUAAAAUAAAAGCCAGAAGUUGGUUUUAAAUACA